UUAAACUAAUCACAGCCAAGUAUAAAAGUAAAGAGACAACAAGUCUCCUCUCCAUUGACAAUUGAAGAAGACGAAGAAGAUCAAAUGUCUCUACUCACUCUCCUCUUCUUCUCCUCACUCCUCUCUCUAUCCAAAUCUACCCCACUGAAACCACACCCUCUUCCGAUCACACCCCUCCCUUCAUCCCAACAGCUCCAAUGGCAGCUCGGAUCCAUGUCCAUGUUCCUCCACUUCGGACCCAACACCUUCACCGACUCCGAAUGGGGCACCGGAAAAGCCGACCCGUCCGUCUUCAACCCGGCCCACCUCAACGCCACCCAGUGGGUCCAAAUCGCCAAAGACUCCGGCUUCUCCCGCGUCAUCCUCACGGCGAAGCACCACGACGGGUUCUGCCUCUGGCCCAGCGACUACACCGACUACUCCGUCAAAUCCUCCCCCUGGAGAAACGGAACCGGCGACGUCGUGGCGGAGCUAGCUUCGGCGGCGGCGGAGGCGGGUAUCGGACUCGGCCUUUACCUCUCUCCGUGGGACCGCCACGACGGAGCUUACGGGAAGACGGUGGAGUACAACGAGUUUUACCUGAGUCAGAUGACCGAGUUGCUGACAAAGUAUGGAGAGAUUAAGGAAGUGUGGUUAGAUGGAGCCAAAGGGGAAGGAGAGAAAGACAUGGAGUACUACUUCACCACUUGGUUUAGUUUGAUCCACCAGCUUCAGCCCGGCGCCGUUAUAUUUUCGGACGCCGGGCCUGAUGUCCGGUGGAUCGGCGACGAAGCUGGAGUCGCUGGGUCCACUUGCUGGUCGCUCUUUAACCGAACCAAUGCGAAAAUAGGGGACACUGAUCCUCUGUACUCUCAGCAAGGUGAUGGGUUUGGACAAGAUUGGGUACCGGCUGAGUGCGAUGUAUCGAUCAGACCGGGUUGGUUUUGGCACGCGUUGGAGUCUCCUAAACCGGUGGCUAAGCUUCUGGAUAUAUACUUUAACUCGGUGGGGAGAAACUGUCUUUUCUUGCUCAACGUCCCUCCUAAUUCGUCAGGGUUGAUAUCCGAGGAAGACAUUAAGGUUCUUAAGGAGUUUCGUGAGUUGAAACAAUCGAUUUUCGCCAAUAACCUCGCCCGCAAAGCUUUUAUUAACUCUAGCAGCGUCCGUGGCGGCCAGUUUGGUGCUGAGAAUGUUUUGGAGGAAGGGUUGGAUAAGUACUGGGCGCCGGAGGAGAAGCAGAAGGAAUGGGAGCUGUACUUGGAGUUUCGAGAUCCGGUUAGUUUCAACGUGUUGGAAGUACGUGAACCGAUCCAGAUGGGUCAGAGGGUAGCGUCAUUUCAUCUGGAGAUGCGGAACGUUAAGAGCGGUAAGUGGGAGAGAGUUGUGAGGGGCACGACGGUUGGUUUCAAAAGGCUUUUGAGGUUUCCGAGAUGUGAGUCGCGGUCUCUGAAGCUUGUGGUGGAGAAAGUGAGGGCCGACCCGCUUAUAUCGUACAUUGGAAUCUACAUGGAUAAGUUUUCGGAUUCGGGGAGGAACUCGUCAAAGAUAACAAUCACAAGGACACUUCUGAAUGAUUCCUAGAAAUAACUUUUCUGAGGAAGUGUUAUGUGAUCAUGUCAUGUAUACUAUCAUUGUGGCGUCUAUCUAAAGCAAAUAAAAUGAUCAAUGUUUCUCU